UCUCCGGCUUCCAGGUUCCUUCAGUUUGCCCACGCCCUACUUCGGGCCCAAGGAGCUGUGGGGACGCCCGUGCUAGAGGCCCCGAACCUGGGUGACUGGAGAGAAAACCAUUGGAGCGAGUGUCCCCAACACCAGGCGGCGGCGAGGGUCUAGAAGAAAGAAAUCGGGCGGCGGGGAGAGAAUCCUUCCUGUAGGCAGGGCGAGGGCCUGUCUGCCCUGCCUCUCUCCACCUGAUUUCGUUAGGAAGGGAGCUGCCCCGACUGUCCCAGCCGGGUGGAGCGCCUCGGAGCAGGGGACGGACCAACCUGCCGCGAUGGAGGCGACAAGCAGCUGGGCGCUGCUGCUGCUGCUGCUGCUGCUGCUAGUGCUGCCGCUGGCGCUGUCCCGGACCCGGACCGGAAGCCACCUGCCCCCUGGGCCCGCGCCGCUGCCGCUGCUGGGGAACCUCCUGCAGCUCUGGCCCGGGGAGCUGUACUCGGGGCUCUUGCGGCUGAGUAAGAAGUAUGGACCGGUGUUCACCGUGCACCUGGGACCCAGGCGGCGUGUGGUGGUCCUGGUUGGGCACCAGGCUGUGCAGGAGGCCCUGGGAGGUCAGGCUGAGGAGUUCAGUGGGCGGGGGAUGUUGGCGACGCUGGACCGGACCUUUGACGGCCAUGGGGUUUUCUUUUCCAAUGGGGAGCGGUGGAGGCAGCUGAGGAAAUUCACCAUGCUUGCUCUGCGGGACCUGGGCAUGGGGAAGCGACAAGGCGAGGAGCUGAUCCAGGCGGAGGCCCAAUGUCUGGUGGAGGCAUUCCAGAGAACAGAAGGACAGACAUUUGACCCCUCCCUGCUGCUGGCCCAGGCCACCUCCAAUGUCGUUUGCUCCCUCACCUUGGGCCUUCGUUUCCCCUAUGAGGAUGAGGAGUUCAAGGCUGUGGUCCAGGCAGCUGGCGGCAUCCUCCUGGGGAUCAGCUCUCCAUGGGGCCAGGCCUACGAGAUGUUCUCCUGGCUCCUGCAGCCCCUUCCAGGCCCCCACACCCAGCUCCUCCACCAUGUGGGCACCUUGGCUGCCUUCGCCAUUGACCAGGUGCAGCGGCACCGGGGGAAUCUGGACACCUCAGGCCCUGCAGGCGAUGUUAUGGAUGCAUUUCUGCUGAAGAUGGCAAAGGAGGAACAAGAUCCAAACACAGAAUUCACUGACAAGAAUUUGCUGAUGACUGUCAUUUAUCUGCUGUUUGCCGGGACAGUAACCGUCAGCGCCACGGUCCGCUACACCCUCCUGCUCCUGCUGAAAUACCCUCAGGUCCAAGAGCGCGUGCGGGAGGAGCUGGCAAGAGAGCUAGGGGCUGGCCGGGCGCCAGGCCUGGGGGACCGAGCCCGCCUCCCGUACACAGACGCGGUUCUGCAUGAGGCACAGCGGCUGCUGGCACUGGUGCCCAUGGGGAUACCCCGCGCUCUCACGAAGACCACCUGCUUCCGAGGGUACACCCUGACCCAGGGCACUGAGGUCUUCCCCCUCCUGGGCUCUGUCCUGCAUGACCCCAGCGUCUUUGAGCAGCCUGAGGAGUUUAACCCAGGCCGAUUUCUGGAUGCAGACGGAAGGUUCAAGAAGCAAGAGGCAUUCCUGCCCUUCUCCUUAGGUAAGCGUGUCUGCCUCGGGGAAGGCCUGGCUCGAACGGAGCUGUUCCUCCUCGUCACCACCAUCCUGCAGGCCUUCUCCCUGGAGAGCCCGAGCCCACCCAAUGCCCUGAGCCUCCAGCCAUCUGUCAGUGGCCUUUUCAACAUCCCCCCACCCUUCCAGCUGCAAGUUCGGCCUACUGACCUCCACCCCACCCCAUUGUGUAGACCAAAUGAAGGAGGGGCGUCGGGAGGUAGUGGCCUUGACCAUGGGCAUGGACAGGUCUGCAUUCGCAGCCACAAGUCUGCACCACAGGAAACCACAUUCACACACCUGUAGUUGUUUUCUAGGGUCAGUCACACAGAUGUUCGGCCUACUUGUCCACAGGGCCACACUCACUGGUCACACAGCUGUUGAAGCACACAACCACACACCCAUACACGGCCACGAGGCAACUUAGCCACACAAGCUUUCUAUAGUUUAGUCUGCAUAGAAUCACACGCCCAGAUAACCCAGCAACUUUCGCACAACGUAACUGCCCUGGACUCACAACCCACCUGUGGGAGUUCAGCUGCCACUGCAACAACCACCAUGUUCAUGGGCCACACACCCUCGUCACUCUCGAACUUACCAGUGCCAUUGUCUCUGGGAGCCUGGUGUAAAGAGCACACAACUUCCUGGGUCAUGUCACCUCACAGAGAGACUGUCCUCAACCCUCAAGGGACCACACCACUGUCCAGGCACAUGACCAUCACCAGUCACAUUCCCCCAAGCACUGAACAACACAGUCAGCUCACACAUGACCUCGUCCUGGCUCCUGAAUACCUUCCACUCAGAGUUCAAGCCCAGCCUCCUCAGCACCUUCAGCUUUCAAGGACACCCCUCUCCAAGCAUCCUGAUCCCAAAAUUCUCCCAAAUAUGGGUACACCCCCAUUGUGCAGUUGUAAACACAGGCCUGGGAACCAAGUAAACUAGGACACACAAGGAUCCUCAGACAGAGGAACACCCGCCGUACACACUGCAGCCUACGCAACCACAUUGAAAGCCUCCCCUGCCCCCUUAACACAGACGGUGACCCGCUGUCUCAAUUGACUUAAGGGAAAGGGCUAGACGACCAAGCAGGGGCCAGAUUCCAACUCCCUGUGUCAGGGAAGAGGCCAGGUCUUACAGCCUUGUGGCUCGAAGGUCCCUAUUUUGCAAUAAAAGUUUGUUCCCGUG